AUGGAUCAUGCAUCUAGACUGCCACGUGGCGACAAGUCCUCAAAACUGAAUCUCAAAAUUGUCAUCGUGGGUGCCGGUCUUGGUGGACUAGCGGCAGCGAUAGCCCUUUCCCGGAGAGGCCACAAAGUGACUGUUGUUGAACAAGCACCAUUCUUAGCGGAGGUCGGCGCUGGCAUUCAGAUCCCUUCCAACUCUAGCCGUCUCCUGAUCAAAUGGGGACUGAAGCCGUAUCUUGCCGCAAAAGUGGUAACCCCUGAGAGCAUCGCCUUCAAACGCUGGCAGAACGGUGAAGUCAUUGCUCUUACCAAGCUUGUCCCUGAGUUCCAAGAGAACUUUGAUGCUCCGUACUAUGUUGUACACCGAGCACAUUUCCAUGAUGCACUAUACCAAUUAGCUCUUCAAUGGGGUGUGGAAGUCAUUCUCAACUCCAAGGUUGUUGACUACGAUGAACAUGCCCCAUCAAUCACCGUGGAGGAUGGCAAGAUCUAUACAGGAGAUCUAGUCGUCUCUUCCGAUGGCGUCAAGUCGAUCGGGAGGAGCAAAGUGCUCGACGGAGUUGACCAGUUUCCUCUGCGGACCGGCUUUGCCGCGUAUCGGGCCACUGUCGAUGUUGAGAAGAUGAAGGCUUACCCAGAUACUGCACAACUUCUCUCAAAGCCAGGCUUGAAUCUUUGGAUUGGAGAUAUGCGGCACGUCAUGACGUACACCAUCUCUGGUGGAAAGGCAUUCAACAUGGUUUUGUCACAUCCGGAUCGUUCUGACCCUGCAACCUGGACUCAACAGGGCCCUGAAACCAUUCUUUCCCAGAUGCGAGAGCACUUCACAGGCUGGGAUCCGACGCUCACCAGAAUCAUUGAUAUGAUAGACACCACCCUAAAGUGGCCUUUGCUGAGUGGUAGCCCAUUAAAAAGGUGGAUUGCCUCCUCGAAUAGACUCCUGAUCAUGGGCGAUGCAGCGCACGCCAUGGUACCAUACAUGUCACAAGGUGCUGCGAUGGCAGUCGAAGAUGCAGCAGCACUGGCUGAAGCGAUCGACCUUGUCGACGAUAUGGCUGACCUACCCCAAGCUCUGGACGUCUGGCAAUCCGUCCGUAUCUUAAGAACCAGCCAGAUGCAAGAGGCAAGUUUGAUCAAUGGAAAGCUGUGGCACUUCCCGGAUGGACCCGAGCAACGUGCCAGAGAUGCUGCCACUAGAGCUGAGGUCGAAGGCCGUCAGUUCACAACCAGUGCUAAUCAGUGGAGUGACCCAACCACCCAACGUUGGUGCUAUGGUUACGAUGCUGAAGCUGAGAUCAAAACGGCUUGGGAGGCUAGGCUACCUAGCAAAUAUUUGCUGAAUGGUCAUUGA